UGAUGAAGUCGAACAACGAAAACAAUUAUGUUAGAGUAUCAUACAAUAACUUUGUAACAACACGAAAUCGAUAAUUUGGUAAUGAAAUAACAAACAUUUAACGUCAACCAACUCGAUCUACAUCAUAAUUCAUCUGUUCUAAACCAAUGUUAAAAAUUGAAGAAGAAACAGCUCUCCCUGUUCCUGAAUUAGUAAAUCCGUAUGUUGGUGAUAUUUUUGAAUAUCUACGUGUUAAUCAACAUAAAUUCUUAUGUUAGACUCCAUUUUACAUGAACUUACAAUUAGACAUUACUAAUCAGAUGCGUUCAAUUCUAAUAGAUUGGCUUGUAGAUGUUCAUCUUAAAUUUAAAUUAUAAUCUGAAACACUCUAUAUGUCAAUCAAUUUAAUUGAUCGAUAUCUGGCUAAAAAUACUAUCAUGCGAAAUAAACUACAAUUAGUUGGAAUUGCUUCUCUCUUCAUAGCAUCUAAAUAUGAAGAAAUUUAUGCACCUGAAUUAAAAGAUUUUGUAUGUGUUUGUGACAAUGCUUACACAAAAGAAGAAAUCCUUGGUAUUUAUCAACAUUAUUAUUAUUCCAGAAAUGGAAAGCAAGAUUUUACUAACUAUCUAAUUUCAUUUGACUUUCACUUCCCCACUUAAAUUCUUAGAAAGACAAAUCUCAGGAGCCAAUCUAUGUGAUAAAAUCAAUUUUGCAUCCAGAAUGAUCUUAGAAUUAUCACUUCUAGAUAUUAGAUGUCUUAAGUAUUUAAUAACUUUCUAUAUACAGAUUUUCAUCAUCUUUAUUAGCUACUACUGCUAUUCUAUUGGCUAUUAAUUUACUUCGAUCUCCCUAAGUAUUACCUUCAUCACUUCAUUAUGUUGAUAAUCAAGAAGAUCUUAGACAAUGUUUAUAAGACUUUCUACCUGUUAUUAAAUUAUUAUAAAGUACUAAUAUGACAGCUAUCAAAAGAAAAUAUACUCAAGAUAAGUUUAAUAAGAUUGCAGAAUAAGUUCUCACAAUCUUACAUAAUUAAAAAUGA